AUGUCUAAAACAGUUUUGGUCACCGGCUGUAGUCAUGGAGGACUGGGGGCAGCAAUGGCGAAGGUUUACCGCGCCAAAGGCUUCAAAGUUUUCGCGACACUCCGCAACAAGGCCAAGGUCGGGUCUCUGGCCGACAUGGACGGUAUAGAAAUUGUCGAACUUGAAAUCACAUCGGUCGAGUCAAUUCGUAGAUGUGCUGAUGUCGUCGCAAAACAGACUGGAGGAGCACUCGAUAUUCUCGUCAACAAUGCUGGUGUUAGCUGCAUCGUCCCGCUUCUAGAUGCAUCCCUCGACGACGCGAAAAAGGUUUACGAUGCAAAUGUUUGGAGCAUUCUUGCUAUGGCACAAGCAUUCGCGCCCAUGCUCAUUAAGUCCAAGGGAACCAUGUGCAACAUUAGUUCAGUAUCUGGUGAGAUGGUUUUUGCAUGGGCAGGUGUAUAUAGCAGCUCAAGAAGUGCUCAAACGAGAUUAUCGGAGACUUUACGUCUUGAGAUGGCGCCUCUUGGUGUUCGAGUUGUCACAGUUAUCCUUGGUGGCGUUGAAACGAGCGGAAACAAUCCUGAUAAUAUCGCGGAUCUUGAGCUACCACCGAAUUCCCACUAUCGGAAGAUAACCACCGUCAUAGAUCGCCACAAGAAGACUCAAGUACACCCCAACAAACAGAAUGUCGACACCGCGGCGAAGAAUGUGGUUGAGGAUGUUCUUUAUGGCAAAGGUCCUUUCAUUCGACGCGGGCAGGCCUCCACUCUAAGUUGGCUUUGCAACACCUUUCUGCCGUAUGGGCUUUUCACCUCCAUGAUCAAUAAGGAAUCUGCACUCGAUGAGAUUGAUUUCCGCGAAGACAAAGCAUGA